AUGGACUUAAUAUAGUCCUGAACUGAUCGAUAACAGUUUUAGCAGAAAAAAUGGAAGAGGAUAGUUCUUUUUUUUCAUCCACGACUCUGACCAACAAGCAUCGAGGAAAUGAAGUCACCUUACCUCCAGCUUCUUUGGACACUUUGUCUAUUCAUCAACUGGCUGCACAGGGCGAGCUAUCACAAGUUGCUGCAUAUCUAAAUAAAGACAGUUCUCUUCUCAACAAACAAGAUGAACGGGGAUUUACACCUCUUAUGUGGGCUGCAGCAUUUGGGGAGAAAGCAAUGGUGGAUUUCCUGCUGGAAAAGGGUGCCGAUCCCAAAACUAUUGCACGGGAAAGGGAAAGUGCACUUACACUUGCCAGCUCUGGAGGCUUUGCAGACAUAGUUGAAAGUCUCUUGAGACACGGAGUGGAUAUAAACUCUUAUGACUGGAAUGGCGGAACCCCUCUUCUUUACGCUGUCCGUGGAAACCAUAUUAAAUGUGUUGAGACCCUUCUAGCCAAAGGAGCUGAUCUGACAAUUGAAUCUGACUCUGGUUACACUCCCAUGGCCUUAGCUAUUGCACUGGGGCACAAGAAGAUUCAGAAAGUGUUGGAGGAUCAUGUUGUAAAGCUCUACAAAUCAAAGACGUAACAUACAAAAAAUUAUCUUGUUGUUUUUUUAUAUGUAAUUAAAGGCAAGAUUUGUAAUCACA